AAAGGAAAAGUACCAGAUACCUCCCAAUCACAACCAAAAAAGAUUUUGCCACGUCCUCCUAUCAAUAAUAGUAGACACAAUGGGGAAAAUUCUCUCAAUGCAAGCAUUCAUGUAACGAACGAUUGGGCAGAUGAAUCAGAAUACCUCCACCCAAAUUCUAAAUGUUACACCAAACCCAUUAACGAUAUCAAUGACCAUGAAUAA